ACCACAAGCAAACUGCAAUCUCCAGUUUAGAAGAGUACCUGUACCUCAGCGAGGAGGUUUCUCCCCCCCCCUUGGUUGUUAACACCAGCUGUAUUUUUGUCUGUCUAGGUUCAAACUUAUUUUUUCAAGACUAGCGGGGGGAAUAUAAACAAACCACAAGGACUGGCCGAAGAAUCAUCUUGGGCUGGGGUCAUGGCUUCCAACAGCAUAUUUGACUCGUUUGCAACCUAUUCGUCAACCUUCCUCCGUGACCCCAGCACCAGCCGGCGCUUCACACCUCCCUCCACGGCCUUCCCCUGCGGUAAGAUGGGAGAGAACAGCGGGGCGCUGAGCGCGCCGGCGCCCGGCUCCCGAAGUCGGCCCGAGGUGCGCUCGGUGGUGGACGUGCUGGCGGACCACGCGGGCGAGCUGGUGCGCACCGACAGCCCCAACUUCUUGUGCUCGGUGCUGCCUUCGCACUGGAGGUGCAACAAGACCCUGCCGGUGGCCUUCAAGGUGGUCGCCCUUGGAGAUGUACCUGAUGGGACUGUAGUCACAGUCAUGGCUGGAAACGAUGAGAAUUAUUCUGCAGAGCUCAGAAAUGCCUCCGCAGUCAUGAAAAAUCAAGUGGCAAGGUUCAAUGACCUCAGAUUUGUUGGGCGAAGUGGCAGAGGAAAAAGCUUUACAUUGACAAUCACAGUGUUCACAAACCCCACACAAGUCGCUACCUAUCACCGAGCCAUUAAAGUGACUGUGGAUGGACCCCGGGAACCAAGAAGGCACAGACAAAAGCUAGAAGACCAAGCCAAGCCCUACACAGACCGCUAUAGCGAACUGGAACGUCUGCGCCAGUCUAUGAGAGUUACCCCAACAACUCCCAGUCCCCGAGGAUCCCUGACCGCCCCAGGCCACUUUGGGUCACAGACUCAGACUCCAAUACAAGGCACGUCGGAUCUGAGCCCCUUCUCCGACCCACGUCAGUUUGAUCGCUCCUUUCCCACGCUGCCGGCCCUCACCGAGACCAGGUUUUCCGACCCCCGGAUGCAUUACCCCGGCGCGAUGUCAGCGGCCUUCCCUUACACCGCCACGCCCUCAGCCACGGGGAUCAGUGGCCUCAGCAUGACCAGCAUGCCGACCACGACCCGCUUCCACCACACCUACCUUCCGCCGCCCUACCCUGGCUCCACCCAGAACCAAAGUGGACCCUUCCAAACCAACCCCUCCCCUUACCAUUUGUACUACGGUACGUCGUCCGGCUCGUACCAGUUCUCCAUGGUGGCGGGCGGGGAGCGCUCGCCCACGAGGAUGCUGUCCUCCUGCACGAGCGCCUCGGCAGGCAACAACUUAAUGAAUCCCAACCUUGCCAAUCAGAACGAUGGAGUGGAUGCGGAUGGUAGUCACAGUAACUCGCCUACAGCCAUGACGACCACCGGGAGGAUGGAUGAGUCUGUCUGGAGACCCUACUAGAAAGGACUCAAGGAGGCACGUGUAACUUGAACCGAAUAAAAUGCCCACCAAUGUGUUACUCUUGUCAAUCGCGAAUAGAGCAAAAUGAGGCCUAGCACGGGACGCCUCCCAAUCUGAAGGCAAGUCAGGAUCCUUCCUUCAUCAAUAUACGUAAUUGGCAAGCAAAGACGGACCAGCGCUGUAUACAGUUCAAGACACGCGUCCACAAGGCUCGACUUGGUCACUCAGUAAGGUCCCUUUGGUCUCUCUGAAAUGGGUGGAUUGUAUAUAGGAGUGUGUGGAAUCAGAUGUUUGUUAAUUGCGCAGCUAUGGCUAUGUUCGGAAUGCCGAUCAAUCAUCUCGCUCUUAACCAAAAAAACCCUGCCCUCCUGCAGAAUCAUAGGUGUUAGAGAAAAUUUUACAAAGCCCCCAGAAAUCAGCCAGUCCAUCUCUCUGCAAAUACAGGAAGAAUGAACUAAGACGCCUUAGCCACUCGCCCCCUCCAGAAAAGGGCCUUUAACCACCAAACGAACUCAGUAAGGAUACCAGAGCUGCCCGCAUCAGCUGAGACGCGAGUCUUGUUUACAGCAAAACAGAUGUGACUGGCUCUCGCUGACGCAGUUAAGGCUCUGAAGAACAUUGCUAGCGAGUGAGCAGGUAUCAGCCAUGUGAACAAGUGCUGUGAUAUGAUUUGGAACGUGGUUGUAUUGUGAUUUUUGUUUUGUUUUGUUUUUAACAGUAACAUGGCUGAUCCCACGGUUGACGACCUCCCCAACCCCCUUCCCAUAUGUUUACAUGAGAUGUAAUUUUUUACACAAUGUGUUUUCCUUUUGUCCUGACAUGGACGUUAAGUUCUUGCUACUUCUAGUUAGUCUCGAUGGUUGCGUCCGAGACGAAGAAUGCGUUUGGGACAAUCCAGUGUGUGAGGUGCACUUACAAACAUGUUUGCUGCAAAGAGGACUUGGAAGCCUUUGGAAUCAUAAGAAAUCCAGGAUAGCGGCUUCUCCUCUCUCAUUUCCAAGUGGCACACAGGCAGCUGUGGCAAUACUUAGUAUUUAUUUUAUGGUUCUCUUCCAUUUUUACACCCAGAGUGGCUCAACACACCAUGCAUCUGUGCUUAAAGAAAGGAGAUUGUCAGCUGAUUCUUAAAGUACUGACUGAGAUUUGAAUGACCCCUCCAUUUUAAAUAAAAUGUAACUCCCUGGUUUUUGGGGUUUUUUUAGACAAAUUAAAUCAUAAUCGAUAGCACCUCUCAUCUCAAAGUACUUUGCAUAAUUAUUCUUCAUAUCACAGCCCCUGCAGUGAUUUAGGGCACUUAUUAUCCCCAUUUUACAGACAGGUAAACUGAGGUAGAAGGAUUUGUCUAAGGCCACGUUCAGUGGCACUAUUGACCCACGCGUACCACUGGUACCGGAGCAGCAGCUAGAGGCCUCAGCUGAGAUUACGGCCCAUCGUGCUGGGUGCUGCACAGACACAUAGUGACCAUCCUCCACAGUGACCUUACAACUGAAAUAGACAAAGCGCAAGGAAGUAAACAGGGGACAUCACACAGUAGCUCUGUGGCAGAGUCUGGGCUAGAACCCAGCAUUCCUGGGAUCUCCCUGGACCAUACUGCCCCUCCACGUUGCUAGCUGACAAAAGUUAGCUCCCUGGGCUUCAAACGGGAAUUAGGGCCUGAUCCUGACAUAACCUUACUCACACUAGUUGUGCCACUGAAGACAAGGAGACGACUCCUGUGAGUAAAGUACGUUUGCCUGUAUAACACUUUGCCCCAUCAGCCUGCAAGUGGGUUGGAAGAGCUGCCACACUUGAUAACUGAACAUAGCGCACCAGUGGCAGGGUGAGUGGGACCAGAACCCAGGACUCGUGUGUUGCAAUAGCUAUUUUAAGGAGAGGGGGUUCCUGCUCCCGUGUUGCAGUGAAACGCGUACACCCAUGCAAAAUGGAUACAAAAUGCUACUGAACCAGACUGGAAGCAUUUUCCCUCCACUUUGAACUGGUGUAAAUGACUGCACAUGGCGACGGGCGAUUGAGAGUCAGGGCCUAGAAUUCGAUUCCCAGUCUUGUUAAAUAGGACGGCCCCGUGGGAGUCGGGUGCAUCAGUCAGUAUCUUUGAGGAUCUGAACUAGAGGUCUCCUGUAGUUGUGUAGCCACUUCAGAUGAGACGCGUUCAUAAUGCUGAAGCUUAGCUCUAAGUUCAUCAUAACUCUGUGAGUAUUUAACAAAGCAUGUGGCUGGAAGCAAGCAUCUGUCUGGCAGGGUGAUGUAGGCCCAGAGCUGCCCCUUUUUUCCCCUUAACCUAUUAUGAAACUGCUACUACUCAGUCGGGGGGGGGGGGUUAAAGAUAUCAUGAGAAUUAUUUGGCAUCUGUUUGCUUAUGUUUGAGUGAUUUAAGGUUGAAUGUCAAUGAGCCCUUGAGCUAGGAUGACCGGACAGCAAGUGUGAAAAAUCGGGACGGGGGUGGGGGUUAAUAGGAGCCUACACAAGAAAAAGACCCAA